UUCCUCACUCUAACAUUCCACAAGAAAGCUGAUUAUCCGUUGACUUCACGUACAUUUCUUAUUUGGGAUCAUUUCCCAACUUCCCUCUUCAGAUUUCCCAACCUUUUAUUGCUGUCAAUUAUCUGAUCAAGUGUUUCUAUGGGGACUAAAUGUGGGGCCACUGCAGUUACUUUUGUACUGUUGUUGCUUUUGUCCCCUGCUGUGUUUUCAGCAUCAAAUGAUAAAUUGAUUAGAGUUGCACUGAAGAAAACAAAGUUAGAUCAGAUCAGCCGGUUUUCUGGAAAUGUUGAUCUUACUGAAGGGGGUUUUGCAAGAAUUAAUCGUCGUCGUGGAAAUGUAGUACAGUCGGAUACUGAUAUUAUUGCUUUAAAGAACUACAUGGAUGCACAAUAUUAUGGUGAAAUUGGUGUUGGCACACCUCCUCAGAAGUUCACUGUGAUAUUUGACACUGGAAGUUCUAAUCUAUGGGUGCCCUCUGUGAAGUGUUAUUUUUCGGUUGCAUGUUAUUUCCAUUCAAAGUAUAAGUCAGGCCAUUCAAGUACUUACAAGAAAAAUGGAAAAUCUGCUGAAAUUCAUUAUGGCACUGGAUCCAUCUCUGGGUUUUUUAGCCAGGAUCAUGUCAAGCUCGGCAAUCUUAUUGUAAAGGAUCAGGAUUUCAUAGAGGCAACCAGAGAGCCAGGGAUCACUUUCUUGGCUGCCAAGUUUGAUGGUAUCCUUGGACUAGGAUUUCAAGAGAUAUCAGUUGGGAAUGCUGUUCCCGUCUGGUACAACAUGGUGAAACAGGGUCUUGUUGACCAACCAGUUUUUUCAUUCUGGUUCAAUCGCAAAGCUGAAGAGGAACAAGGGGGUGAAAUUGUUUUUGGUGGGGUUGAUACUAAUCAUUUUAAGGGUGACCAUGCCUACGUUAAUGUAACUCAGAAGGGUUAUUGGCAGUUUAAUAUGGGUGACGUACUGAUUGGUGGUGAAACAACAGGAUUUUGUGCUGAAGGUUGUUCAGCAAUUGCCGACUCUGGAACUUCCUUAUUGGCAGGACCAACAACUGUUAUAACACAAAUUAAUCAUGCCAUUGGAGCUUCUGGAGUUUUAAGCCAAGAGUGCAAGUCUGUGGUUACUGAGUAUGGUAAAACCAUAAUCGAAAUGCUAUUGGCUAAGGCUGAGCCACAGCAAAUCUGCUCGAAAAUUGGAUUGUGCUCGUCUGAUGGUUCUCAUGAUGUCAGUAUGCUUAUUGAAAGCGUGGUGGAGAAUGAGACUGACAGGACAUCUGAUGGUCCACGUGAUAAUAUGUGCACGGCAUGUCAAAUGGCAGUUGUUUGGAUGCAAAAUCAACUGAGACGGAAUCAAACUGAAGAAAAAAUCUUGGACUAUAUUAAUCAGCUUUGUGACCGACUACCUAGUCCUAUGGGGGAGUCUGCUGUUGAUUGCAGUGCUCUUGCUUCAAUGCCCAAAAUUUCUUUCAUUAUUGGCUCUAAAACGUUUGAGCUUUCUCCUGAGCAGUAUAUUCUUCGAGUUGGUGAAGGAGCUGCAGCUCAGUGCAUUAGUGGAUUUACAGCUUUGGAUGUCCUCCCUCCUCGUGGACCUCUAUGGAUUCUGGGUGAUGUUUUCAUGGGUCAAUACCAUACUGUAUUUGACUACGGAAAAAUGAGAGUUGGAUUUGCUGAAGCCGCCUGAACCUCGUUGUUUGGAUCAAGGUGCUAUGUAACCUUAAUCAGCAAUCCUUUCUUUGUUAUGUAUUCACGGGUCGUUACAUGGACUGCUGGCUGUGCUCAUCUCCAUAACAUUAUGUAUAUAUAAAUGCUACAAACAGAAACUUCUAACACUUCAAUGUGGUAUAUCAUAAGCAAGAACAAAUCGCUAAAAAAUAAUUGCCAAUGUGCUACUGUUAAGUUACUUUCGAUCUGCAUUUGUGUCUGCACAUUGUGCUUUCUAGCAGGCAGCUAGGCCUGUGUUCUUUACGGCAGGCUAAAUGGUAUGGUGGAAGAUUGUGUUUCCUCUAA